GGGUUGGGAUGGUCUUUUCUACUUUCCCAGUCCUGUUUGUAACCUGUCUCUUCUUGUAGCCUAUGGGCAAAACAGCUGUCAUGGGGACUCUGGAAAAGAGCCUUUUUUCAUGGUGUUUUCUGGACCAAAAGUUGAGGCAUUGGUUAAAUCUGUCCAGACCACAUUCAUGCAGGCACUGUAUUAGGUGGUCCUCUUCAGGAGUCCUGGAAGAGUGUUUCAGGAAGCUGCUCUGGGUGAGGCCAAAGGGGUAGGUAGACCCAUAGAGGGAGGUGAAUAGAGAGGAUAUCUUUUGCUGUUUACCUCCCUUUAGGACUCUAUCUUUCUCCUCCAUGACAAUCUCUUACUUCCUCUGGAAAAGGCAGAAGCUGGGCUGUGUGGGGUGAGGUCAGCUCCCUGUGUCAGUGGGAGGAUAUAAGGAGCUGACCCUAUGGAAGACCUGGGGAUGAGCCACCUGCUCCUUAGGGAGUGUUAUGGGAACACCCUGCCACUGUUUGGGAGGCAGGAGGAGUACAGUUCUUUCUGACUUUAGUGAGCUGGGAGCAGAAGCAGAGAGACAGAGCCUGUGCCCUGGGGCCACACCAGUCCUGCUACUGCCCUGCAGAGUGAAGUCAGAUGUUCAAGGAAUUAAGUUGGGUGGUCCAGACCCCUUGGACUAUGUUAGCAUGUACAGGAAUUUGGGGAGCCCUUCUGCCAACAUCCCCGAGCACUGGCACUACAUCAGCUUCGGUCUGAGUGAUCUCUAUGGUGACAACAGAGUCCAUGAAUUUACAGGAACAGAUGGACCUAGUGGUUUUGGCUUUGAGUUGACAUUUCGUCUGAAGAGAGAAACAGGGGAGUCUGCGCCCCCAACGUGGCCAGCAGAGCUAAUGCAGGGCUUGGCCAGAUACGUGUUCCAGUCAGAGAACACCUUCUGCAGUGGGGACCAUGUGUCUUGGCACAGCCCUUUGGAUAACAGUGAGUCAAGAAUUCAGCACAUGCUGCUGACAGAGGACCCACAGAUGCAACCAGUGCAGACACCCUUUGGGGUAGUUACUUUCCUUCAGAUUGUUGGCGUCUGCACUGAGGAGCUCCACGCAGCCCAGCAGUGGAAUGGGCAGGGCAUCCUGGAGCUGCUGCGGACAGUGCCCGUCGCUGGCGGCCCCUGGCUGAUAACUGACAUGCGGAGGGGAGAGACCAUAUUUGAGAUCGAUCCACACCUGCAACAGGAAAGAGUUGACAAAGGGAUUGAGACAGACGGCUCCAACCUGAGUGGCGUCAGUGCCAAGUGUGCCUGGGAUGACCUGAGUCGACCCCCUGAGGAUGACGAGGACAGCCGGAGCAUCUGUAUUGGCACACAGCCCCGGCGGCUCUCUGGCAAAGACACAGAGCAGAUCCGGGAGACCCUGAGGAGAGGACUUGAGAUCAACAGCAAACCUGUCCUUCCACCAAUCAACUCUCAGCGUCAGAACGGCCUCACCCAUGACCGGGCCCCGAGUCGCAAAGACAGCCUGGAAAGCGACAGCUCCACGGCCAUUAUCCCCCACGAGCUGAUCCGAACACGGCAACUUGAGAGUGUACACCUGAAAUUCAACCAGGAGUCGGGGGCCCUCAUUCCUCUCUGCCUCAGGGGCAGGCUCCUGCAUGGACGGCACUUUACAUAUAAAAGUAUCACAGGUGACAUGGCCAUCACCUUCGUCUCCACGGGAGUGGAAGGUGCCUUUGCCACUGAGGAGCACCCUUACGCAGCUCAUGGACCCUGGUUACAAAUUCUGUUGACCGAAGAGUUUGUAGAGAAAAUGUUGGAGGACUUAGAAGAUUUGACUUCUCCAGAGGAAUUCAAACUUCCCAAAGAGUACAGCUGGCCUGAAAAGAAGCUGAAAGUCUCCAUCCUACCCGACGUGGUAUUCGACAGUCCACUGCACUAGCCUGAGCUGGGCCCUGCAGGGGCCGAGGGAGAGCCCAGCUGCUCCCCAAUGACUUACGUCAUAACUGUGUAAGAGAGAUCCCACAAGUGAAAUGACAAGUGUGAGGACGACCGCACAGCCACCGCACCUGCAGCCAGUGGGAGACCCUGCACAGGCCCCAGGCCCCCACCUCACCUGCAGUUCAGGGGCCUCACCUGCCACUGGGCACAAGUGAGAAAAUGCAAACCAACCUUCCCGACUGCUGCUGCCACAGGUUCUGGUUUGAGAUUGACUCUGGACCUUUGCUGUGCCCCUACGUGGAGACAGGCCUCGUUCUCACCUGCUGCUUGUCAUGCAGCCUGGCAGGAAGGGGGGCAGUCUGUGUGUGCACUGCCCAGCUCAACUGGGAAGCCUUUGGUAACGAAGCUCCUCUGGCCAUGGAACAGUUCCUCUGCUGGUGUUUGAUGUUCUUCUUCCUUAUUUUAUUUUGUAGAAACCGGAUGGUAUUUUAUUGCUCUUCAAAGAUGUCCAGAAGCCAUGUAUAUAAUGUUUUUUAAACAAAA